CAGUGCAUGUGCUGCUGGCUGGUUCGAAUCGAAAAAUCUCAAAACUGUGCUGUUGAUUGCAUAAACAGACCGGAUAAUAAUUAUUAUUGCGAAUGGCAUCUUUGGCCAGAUUAUUCCAAAAUUUGGCAAUAAAACCCCUUGUCAACGAUGUUCGAGUCAUAGCGAUAUCAAGCAUUUCCACGGAAAGCUUGGCCCGGGUAAUGAAUAAACCGAAACCAGGAACAGGCAAAGCUUACCGUAGGAUCGUGCACUAUCCUGAACAGUACACCGUGGAACCCUUAAAAGUGACUAACUUGGCUGGUCGGGAUCCGGAAACAGGACGUCUGGUUGCUAAAGGAAUUGGAGGAGGCAUCAAGCACAAAUACCACUGGAUCAAGUGGGUUCGUGAUGGGCCCCUGGAAGGUCCACCGCAAGUUGAGAAGGUUAUCGACGUGAUCCACGAUGGCUGCCGAACAGCAAAAGUAGCUUUAGUCGCUGUUGGAGAUGAACUAAAAUACAUUAUCGCUACAGAAAACAUGAAAGCUGGUGAUUUGAUCAAAACAUCCAGAUUCAUUCCUAGAAUUCCAGUUCGCGCCAACGAAGGUGAUGCGUAUCCAUUAGGAGCAUUGCAAGUCGGAACACAGAUUAAUUGCGUUGAAAAGUAUCCCGGUCAAGCGUGUCACCUUAUUCAUUCAGCGGGGACUUACGGAACUAUUCUGCGCAAAUUCGGUGAAUUGGUAGUAGUUCAGCUUCCUUCGAAGCAGGAAUUUGCGUUCAAGCAAACGUGUAUGGCCACCGUUGGACGCGUUUCGAACAUUUAUCACAAUAAGACUCCAAUUGGUUCGGCUCAGAAAAAUCGCGAACUUGGCAACCGGCCGCGAUCGGGUUUGUGGCAUAGGAAGGAUGGUCGCCAUGGACGAAAGAUUCGCAAGCUGCCUCCAAUGCGUGUGGUUGCUCCUCCUUCAGACCCUGCGCCAGAGCCGAUCACAUUCACUUUGAAACUUUAGAUGUUCAGAGGUGCUGAUCCUUUAGAAUGCAUUAUCUAUUUAGGUAUAACAAAAAAGUUGCCAUAACAUUUCUUGUGGCAUGCAUUCAAAUAAUGUCUUAUCCUUCUAUCACGUUCCAUUUUAAUCUUUACGCUGGCCUCGGCUUUGUGCUCUUUGAACACUAUCACAGUAGG